CAUCUGGAUCAGAGAGCACAAGGAGAUCUUCGCAUGUGUGUGUAAUAGGAAUAGGCAGUAGAGUUUGCAACAAUCACUGGGAUUUUAUUUAUAGUGUGUAAAUUAUGCCGAGGACUCUGUACCAUUUCUUGCUAAUUGUUAGAUUAUCAUUUUGUAUGCUGCGGGAGAUGAGAUGAUUUGAUGUGUUGAUUAUAUGUGACUGAUGACUGAUGACCGACCCUGGUGGUGCUACGUACGGGUCUGCAGGGUUCAAGACCAGUCUCUGCUCCUUAAACCCUAAACCUCAAAAUAUCCGACUUGACAAGCAAUUCUUCGUUGUUCCGCAUCAGGACUUUAUUUGGCCUCCGAUUUAAAUUAGUGAACAAUGGCUGCAAAUAGUGCUCCUCCUCCUCCUCCAGGAAUCGACAAGGAACUGAUUUUGGGCAUGGCAGAGAAGGAGAUGGAAUACAGGGUCGAAUUAUUUAACAAGUACAAGGAAUCUGAGCUGAAUAUGGGAGAAAACAGCUGUAUUGAUCGCUGUGUUUCUAAGUACUGGCAGGUGACAAAUCUGGUUGGACAACUGCUUGGUUCUGGUCGGCCUCCAAUGUGAAGUCUGGUUGUUCUGAAAUUACUCUGAAACAUUUUUCUGCACAUUUUCUAUAGAAUGCUCCUACCUGCUAACAAGGUGGAGAUCGUGUUCCAGAAAAAAAUCCAGUUGCUUUAGCAUGAAUUAGUGCUUAGUUGAUGCUGCAUCUAAGGCCAUUUAAAUUGUCUCACUAGUAGUUUUAAUCUGAAUUUUGGUUUACCAUUUUGAGCCUAUGCUGAUGCAUCUAUCUUUGGUAGCAUUACAGUUCAGUUAGAAGCUGACCAGCCUCUUCUGAAAGCCUGAAACCAUGCCUAUUGAGUAUUAAGCGUGGUUGUUGAACCUUUAUCUUUUUAUUCUUCAAGCAUUGGUCCAAAUAAAAAUGCCUUUCAUUUGGUUUCUAAGUAUUGCUUGUUACUGAAUUGAUUUAGUGGAGAUUUCAAAUUAGUCAUAAUACGUUUAUUUGGCA